UAUAAAAAAAGUCCUGGCGCGACUUCCCCGCUCAAUCUCCGAAGCUUGAGGCGCGGGCAGAGCGGGUCGCGGAGGCACCGGAGCCGCCACCGCCGGGACCACUGCAGCUGGGCGGCAGGGCGCGGGCGGGGCGCGGGGCGCAGCGCGGAGAGCCGUGCAGGACGAAGUCGCCGCGCCGCUGCCGGGAGCGCACUCGCGGCUCCUGCAAGUGGGGUCGCCUCUCGCGCGCUCGCUCGCUCGCUCUUAGAAGGGGCGGCCGCCUCCAGGUGACACAGACGGGCCUCUCGCUUGCGCUUUCCGGAUGCAUCCGCGAUACUUUUGGACUGACCAGGGUCAAGCGGCGCUCGCCGGACACUACAUGGCAGAGGGCGAAGGCUACUUCGCCAUGGCCGAGGACGAGCUGGCCGGAGGCGCCUACAUCCCUCUAGGCAGCGACUUCGGCGGCGGCGAUUUUGAUGGCAGCGGCGGCGACAGCUUAGGCGAACACUGCUUGGACUACUGCGACAGCCCCACGGCGCACUGCAACGUGCUGACCUGGGAGCAAGUGCAGCGGCUGGACGGCAUCCUGAGCGAGACCAUCCCGAUCCACGGGCGCGGCAACUUCCCCACGCUGGAGCUGCAGCCCAGCCUCAUCGUCAAGGUGGUGCGGCGGCGCCUGGCCGAGAAGCGCAUCGGCGUCCGCGACGUGCGCCUCAACGGCUCGGCCGCCAGCCACGUCCUGCACCAGGACAGCGGCCUGGGCUACAAGGACCUGGACCUCAUCUUCUGCGCCGACCUGCGCGGGGAAGAGGAGUUUCAGACUGUGAAGGACGUUGUGCUCGACUGCCUGUUGGACUUCUUACCCGAAGGAGUGAACAAGGAGAAGAUCACACCGCUCACGCUCAAGGAAGCUUAUGUGCAGAAAAUGGUUAAAGUGUGCAAUGACUCUGACCGAUGGAGUCUGAUAUCCCUGUCAAACAACAGUGGCAAAAAUGUGGAAUUGAAAUUUGUGGAUUCCCUUCGGAGGCAGUUUGAAUUCAGUGUAGAUUCCUUUCAAAUCAAAUUAGACUCUCUUCUCCUCUUUUAUGAAUGUUCAGAGAAUCCGAUGAGUGAAACAUUUCACCCCACUAUAAUCGGUGAGAGCGUCUAUGGCGAUUUCCAUGAAGCCUUUGAUCACCUUUGUAACAAGAUCAUCGCCACCAGGAACCCAGAGGAAAUCAGAGGGGGAGGCCUGCUGAAGUACUGCAACCUCUUAGUGAGGGGCUUCAGGCCAGCCUCUGAUGAAAUCAAGACUCUCCAGAGGUAUAUGUGUUCCAGGUUUUUCAUCGAUUUCUCAGACAUUGGGGAGCAGCAGAGAAAACUGGAGUCCUAUUUGCAGAACCACUUCGUAGGCUUGGAAGACCGCAAGUAUGACUAUCUCAUGACCCUACAUGGAGUGGUGAAUGAGAGUACAGUGUGCCUGAUGGGACAUGAGAGAAGACAGACUUUAAACCUUAUCACCAUGCUGGCCAUCCGGGUGCUAGCUGAUCAGAAUGUCAUCCCUAAUGUGGCGAACGUCACGUGUUACUACCAGCCGGCUCCCUAUGUAGCGGAUGCUAACUUUAGCAAUUACUACAUUGCACAAGUUCAGCCAGUGUUUACGUGUCAGCAGCAGACGUAUUCCACUUGGCUACCCUGCAAUUAACAAUCAUUUAAAAAUGUCCUGGGGGGAAGCCAGUUCAGAUAAAAUAGGAAAAAAAGAAAAAAAAAAAAAAAAAAAAAAAGGAGUAGCCCAGCCCUCAUUGGGGGUGUCUUUGUACAGCGAUGGUAUGCUCCUGGUUUUAAGCUUGGCAAAGUUUAUGGGUCUUUCCUUUGGCACGGGAGCAUGACCUAUAAACUGUGACCCUCUUUAACUGUCCCCUUUUCUCCUACUCAAUUGGAUUCUACCUGGAAACAAAAAAGAGGCCUGUCAUUGAAGGCAACCAGGCUGUCUUAAAACAGGGGAAAAAUCCUUGAUGACAAUAUGGGUUUGCAGUAACUGCUCCCAUAGCUUUGCCAUGGUGGGGAAAAGUGGAAAGCCUUUUAGAGUAGAUUCAUAAAAAGGGAAAAUACAGAUGAAAGUGUCUCACCCCACCUUGUUUAGUAGUGCAGGAGUUCAGAUAGUAACAAUACGGGAAGAAGGGGAACUCCAACACUGGAUUAUUACCUGAAGCCCAUAGCGAGUGCUGUGUGUGGAACGAUCCUGUUGGACAACAGAAACAGCUUGCUCUGAAUGGACAGUAGUGGGUUGGUGCGGUUCUCGUAACAAACAGCAGAACUUGUGAUGACACAAUCCAUUAAUUCCAGCUGUGUACAUAGCUCGCAUUUUUUAAAAUGUAAAAUGCAAGCAAAAACAGCUGUAGUGAAGAAAAUAUGCUCAAGGACCAAAGAUUUAACGGAUUAAAUACCCGAGUAAAGAGACAGAGAAUAUAGUUAUUAUAUUUGUUACACUCCAGUAUACAUCAAAGUGCCUGUUGCUUCCUGAAAAUUUGAAGUGGAAAAUUAUUUUAUGGUUUAAUAAUUUUAUUUUAUCAGGGACUCAGAAGAAAAUAAAACCAUAUAUAAGCUUGUGAAUGGUGGAGGAAGUGCCCUAUUUUUUCUUGACAAAUAACUUGUAUGAAGUUGAUGUUGGUGUGAUGUUAUCAUAGGUACACAUGUAUAUUGUGUGUGUAUACAUACGUGCAGUAUGUGUUUAGCUACACACUACGUCGACUACGGUCUAGAACAGUGUAUCAAAUAGGAAAUGUUUAAAUACUGUGUGCUUUUAUGUUUAGGAUGACAUGAAAUGUGGGCAUAUUGCAAUGAUGAAUUAAAACCCACAGCUAAACAAAUCAAAGCAGACAAGGGGGAAAUAAGUAAUAUAUUUGAUAAGAACAGAGAUUAUACAUUUAUGAUGAGGUUUUUAGGUAUUUUGUUUGUUUUGUUUUUGUGAGCCAGAAAAUCCCACAAAUGGCAGAAUGUUUGGCAGAACACUUUUUAGAAAAAUAUUUGAACUGCCAUUUGGAAAAUUGGAGCCCAUCUUUUUUCUGUUUUAAGCAAUUGCAUACCUCCAUGGUAUGUAAUCUUGUGGAUCAUGAGUCAGUGGUAGGCUACCUAAAUCCCUAACUGCUAAAAAUAAUUUCUGGUGAUCUGAACACUACUUAUAAAUAUUUAAAUGAAUUUUUAAAUGAAUGCAUUCCGCAUUUUAGGACCACUAGAAUUUAGUAAAUGUGAAGUGACCCUUUUUAAAGAGUAUUUGCACAAUUGCAUAAAGUUUAUAUAUGAGAUAUAUAUUAUAUAUAACAUUUUAUAGAUUUAUGCCAGUGUGAAACAUCUUUGAUCUGGUUGUCUAACUGCAUUUAAAUAUUUAGUACUGUACUUUAAAUUUAAUCACUUUGCUUUAAAUCAAACCCAACUUUAUUUUCUCUUUUCUAAGAGACCAGGUAUACCCUUGUGAAAUGAACUAGUGUUAUUCUUUUAGUUUGAUGACAUGUAAUCCUAAAAUCACCCCUUUUUCCACCCCUCUGGAUGUUGGUCUCUGAAAAUGCAUUUGUUACAAUUUACACAUAAAACCCACAGAAUCCCCACCAACCCCAUUAGAAGACUGCCUACUAUGAUAAUUCCCGUGAAGACCCAACCAGAAAAAUUUUUAUCAUGAAGGAAGGAGCAGGGAAGAAAAUAACAUUCUCCUAUUGGCAGUGUAAUUUGUUUGUCUACGAUCUGAGCAUCUUUCAGGUGCUAAGUACUGCAGUAAUCCAGGUUAAUCUGUCUGGAUAGCUUUUGUGCAUCUUUCUUUGAGGCCUUAAGGGGAACCUGUUUGCUGUAGCAGCUUCCUGGCGGAUGUUGUCAGGGCUGCCACUCACUGUUUUCUAGGGAGCUCUUCUCCCACGUUGGCACAAUCUCCCUCCCCCCAGCCCUGGGUUUGACAAAUCAAUUGCAAAGUCAUAGAAAACAUUAUUCGGCAUACAGAUAAGCCUGGCACUCACCUGUCCGGGCGCAGCACUGCCUGCUUGGCAAUUGGAAAGUUUUCUAGAAGAAAACAAGGCAUGCUGAGGUAUAGCAGAGCAGCUGCAAAUCUGCUUUCCUUACAUCCCAACUCAACAAAUGAGUUGUCUACUAUUUUUUUUUAAGAGUUUGGAGGUGUGGCUCUUCCAACAGCAGCAACCUGCUGUUCCUUUAUGACAGGUUUUUGUUGGAAGGAGUCUUUUUUUUUGAAAAUACACUUUUCAUUUAUUUUCUCAAAUACUUAUAUUCUUUUCUUGCUUGUUUCAGGGUUGCUAGCUUAGUUGAUACCUGGCAUUCAGUUAGGACAGCCUAUACAUGACAAUUUUCAGCAUUUACUUUGAUACUCAUAUAAUUUAUUUCUAUUUUGUGUGUACUAUAGUCUUGUGCAUAUAUAGUUAAAUAUGCAGUGUGAUACGUGUCUCUGUGGAUGUGUGGCCUCAAUAUUUGAAUGUGUGGUGAGAGCUUCGUGUGUAGGCCAGAGAGAACAGCUCUCAACUCCCGAUUAGUGCCUGUGAUUGGUUUGCUUUUGUGUUUAUCUGGCCUCGUGUGCUGUUACUUCAAAGUAGGAAGAAGUCUUCUGCUCCUGGAAGCUCCUCUCCCCUGAUCAGUCUGGCAUGCCAGAGGAUACUUACUUUGUAACAUGCCUUCUUAAAAAAGUUUACUUCAUCUUUGGCAAAUCCAGCUGCUUCACCAACUCCUACAUGUGAUGGACUUUGCCCUUCCUGAAGUGGAUCGAGGAUACGCUCACUCUGGUACCCGGUGGCCUGUUUCAGUGUGGGUCCAAAAAAGGCAAGAAUGGAGGAGCCUCUGUAUACCAAGCCAAGAAGGAAAUGAAAUAAGUAAACGUACUGUUUUUACCAUCCCUUUCUGUUUGCUUAUUGUUGGUUGCUUUACUGUGCAUAAGGUUGUUAAAUAUUGUGAACUAUUUUGUAAAUGAAAUGUAUUAUGUUGAAAGCUUUCAGAAGCCGUCAAAUAUAAGCUUUUUUGUUGAAGAUGAAGUAUAUUAGAUGAAACCAAAAAGUAAAAAAAAAAGUGACUUCAUAUAUAGCACUUAUUUGAAUAUAAUCUUUCUUUAAGAUUUCUUUUAGCAUAGCCUUUUCAGUGCUGAGAAAGAAUCGCUAUAUAAUAUUUUAUUAUAGUACUGGCUUGCUAACAAAGUAAAGGGUCGAGGCACAAAGUGGGAAGAUGUCGAGGAAACUGGAAAGACUCGCUGCAAAGCUUUGCAGAAUAAAGGAGGCUCUGCCUGUUGCCUGUCUCUCCUCUCACCUCUACAACCAUUGCCUACUCUGAGGCAUCCUGCUGCAGCAAGCUGCACCUUGGGUCACUCUUCCGGAAUAUUAUGACUAUAGUGUGUCACAGGCAGAAAAGGAGUUGAUUGAAAGUGGACUUUUGAAAACUGACAGAUUUAAAUCAGUGCUAGAGGGAACAGAUUGUGAAUUUUGUUUACAGCAUCCAAUAUUUGGAUUUUUUUUUGUAAAUAAAAAGAAGUUAUUUUUUUCUAUG